CACCUCCCGUGUUCACUGGGAUAUUACAACAUGGCUGUAUCCUCUGUUGCAGCAAGUGAGCUGCUACAUAAUAUGAAUAAAAGAAUAUCAGUAUUGUAUCCAAAGGGUUUGUGUGUUAUUAGGAGGAUAAGUACAUCAAGCUCAAGAUGCGACAGACAACCGCAGCUGAGAGAGAAACGUGCUCCCCAGCAGCUGGUUGGAGUGGUGGGCUUGGAAGUCCAUGCCCAAAUUAACGCCAACACCAAACUGUUCUCCGGCUCAUCGGUUCGCUUCUCAGCACCUCCAAACUCCCUGGUGUCGCCCUUUGACGCAUCCUUACCAGGCACAUUACCCGUCCUGAACAAACGAUGUGUGGAGGCAGCAGUGAUGACAGGAUUGGCUCUCAACUGCACCAUAAACAAGAAAUCACUUUUUGACAGGAAACACUACUUCUACGCCGACCUCCCUGCUGGAUAUCAGAUUACUCAGCAACGGCGGCCCAUCGCAGUAGAUGGCGUGCUGACUUACAGCCUCCUUGGAGGAAAAAAAAGGAGCCAGGUGAUCAGGAAAACUGUCAGCAUCAUACAGAUCCAGCUGGAGCAGGACAGCGGCAAGAGUCUCCACGAUGACCUCCGCGGCCAGACACUCAUAGACCUCAACAGAGCAGGUGUAGGUCUAAUGGAGCUGGUGAUGGAGCCAGACAUGAGCUGUGGAGAGGAGGCUGCUGCAGCUGUCAGAGAGCUGCAGCUCAUCCUGCAAGCCCUGGGCACCUGUCAAGCCAACAUGUCUGAGGGUCAGCUGAGAGUGGAUGCCAAUGUGUCCGUGCAUGAACCAGGUGAGCCCCUGGGCGUCAGGACAGAGGUGAAGAACAUCAACAGCGUCCGCUUCCUGGCCAGGGCUAUAGACUACGAGAUCCAGAGACAGAUCGAGGUCCUGCAGAGAGGGGGGACGGUGCGGAACGAGACCCGGGCGUAUGAUUCCAAAUCAGGGGAGACCACUCCUAUGAGGGACAAAGAGGGUCUGCAGGACUACAGGUUCAUGCCAGAGCCCAACCUGCCCCCUCUGAUUGUGUAUGAGGAUAACGCAUCGCUGCCCGCUGGCGUUGAUGCGUGCCAGGCGGUGGUGGUGCAGAAGAUAAGGGAAGGGCUGCCAGAGCUGCCCAGUGUCAAAAGAGACAGGCUGGUGCAAACGUACGGCAUCCUGCCCGAGCACAGCUUCACCCUGGUGAACGAGGACGGGCUGGUGGAGUUCUUUGAGGCGGUGUUGAAGGCGACCAAGAAGGAGCCGAGGAAGGUGAUUGGCUGGGUGACAAAUGAGCUGGUGGGUCACCUCAAACAGCAAGACAUGAGUGUGAGCCAGAGCCCAGUCUCUCCUUCUGCUUUGGCUGAGCUGCUGGACCUCCAGGAAACAGGACACAUCUCCUCUUCGGUUGCCAAGCAGGUGUUCCAGGAGAUGUGGAGGUCAUCGGGUAAGAAGACGGCCCCUCAGAUCAUCCAGGAGCAGGAUUUGGGUCUUGUUAGUGACACCGCACAGCUGCACAACAUCUGCCAGAAGGUGGUGGACUCACACCCUGAGGAGGUUCACGCCAUCAGAAGUGGAAACAAGAGAGUUCUGAACAAGCUGAUGGGCCUGGUUCAAAAAGAGACUAAAGGCCGAGCUGACCCGGUUCUGGUGAGGGCCAUUUUACAAGAGAAGAUUUCGUGAAGGUCGGACAGUUCUGCAACACCCAGCCACAUCACAGACACAUCGUGGAAUAUAUGACCUUCAUAAAAGAGGAACAAUAUGAAGGUGAUGCUUGUAGAAAUGUAUGAAAAUGCAGAGUAAUCAUGUCCAUGUCACCUGAUCUUUAGUGGGAUAAUAUAAUAUAAUGAUAAAACUAUUGACGGUCAAGCUGGAAAUGAAGCUACCAUCCUUUGUUCCUGAGAGGUUGAAAUUUUUUGUAAAUACUGAACAAUGUUUUCAUCUGACAACAACCAUUAUCUUCUGUAAUUAUGUGUUUAAAAAGUAAUAAACUUUUCAAAGUAA